UUUGAGCGAAAAGGCAAGGCGAACGGUUGGGCUACGCGAAACCAAAAACGAGACUGCGGUUUGCUGCGAAAUUCAACGGUGAAUUAUGCGUGCGACAACAAARACAAUAACUAAUUUGAAAAACUGCAUGAAAAACGCAAAAACGAAAAUACUUAAUGAAGACAUUUUUAAUCAAAAUUAUAUGUAAAUAUUGAAAUCGAAAAAAGUCAACUGAAGAAGAGACAAAACGGUGAUAAGAAAAUUCACAGCCAAAUCGCCGUUGUUUUGUUCAAGCCAGUGUGCGUGUGCGGUGUGUAUAUGUGUGCCAUUAUUACGAGCGCAAAUCGUAACGCGCCCAAAUCAGCUAUAACAACAACAACAACAACAACAACAACAGCAACAAUAAUGCGAUUAACUAGAGCGAGUUGCGCAAGUGAUAAUUGAAGCACCAAAUAGAAAAUAAAAGACGGUCAAAAUAAAUAAAUAAAAAUAGCAAAAACAACAAUUGCGCAUAAAUGCUAUACAGCAAACAGCAAGGGUAUAAACAACAGUACAAGGCUAUAAAUAAUCAUAUUUUGCCAACAGCUAGCAACAACGCGUUGUCUUUUUACAAACACGAGAUCAGAAAAUAAUCAAAAUUCGAAAAUUACAACGUCAACGCUGAGCCGAAAUCGCGCAUACUUAUCAGCAGAGARUAUGCGCGGCAGCUAUAACGGCCACACGCAUUUAACCAGCAUUGAAAUAUUAUCAAAUGCACAGCUUUUGUUGUCUUUGUAAGUCAAAAUAUUAAUGAAAACUGAGCAAGUAAACACUUCGCACGCACACUGCYGCCACUGAUAGUGAGCGCGUCCGCAGCGUUCGACGCAUGCGCCUAGUCACAUAGCAGCCAAAAGGCAGAUAUCGCCCCCCAACAAAUACGACGAACGYAAAUGCAUUGUCAUUCUUGCAUUACACACACACAUAACACAAAUAAYUAGUUYGAAAUAUAUACAUACAUAUAUUUCAUAAAUAUUGGAAUCGGUCAUUCGAAAUACACCCAACCGUCGCACGGUACCCCAGCUGAUAGCAUCUUCACGCCACAGUUCAGCGUUCAUUUSAUUGUAGGCGCAUAAAGUGGGCGCAUGCAAGGUCAUUCGUAGCACUCCGUUACCCAAAACUGCCGCGCCGCUUGAGGCAACGAAAUUGAUACCAAAAUAACAACAAAGAAAUUGUAAGAAAACUGCACGAGGACRCCGAAAAUAUGGAAGACGAGAAAAUGUCCGCGUUCUAUUCGAGUUCGACUAAGUUAACUCAAAGCAAUUGCUUGGCGCCACCCACCACAGUGCCUCAUCUGCAGCUAACACCUUCUACUACACACACAACAAGGCCGAUGCAAUCAUCCGCUCAACUCUCGCUUUCACUUAAAGUGGAACAGCCACAAAUUUCCGCUAACGCAUUUCUUGAACCAUCUAACGCAACCGCGYCCUUGUCCUCGUCUGCGUCGUCUUYAACCGCCUACAACGAUCCUUUCGCCGCCUAUGCCGAAAACUUCGAUCUAUCACUACUACCUCAGGAUUGUGCUCAAACAAACGCAAAUAUACCUACUAUAGUAUAUCAAUUUGGUUGUAAUACACCAACUACACCAACAACGACGUCCGCAGUGUCCCCAACCGCCGUGCCAUUUCACAAUCUAUUAACACCACCACAGAUUAAAGUCGAGCAAGCUUGGUCGUUCGGUUCCACUAUCUCCCUGCCGGAGGAGAUUAAGCGCGAGCCACAAUCGCAACCGAUGCUUAAGUCGGCGAAUCAGUUGAUACCACCACCACCGUAUCCGCAUAUUUAUCCUUCACCCCAAUCGAGUCCCGCUCAAUCGGAAUACGGUUUUCCGCAUUCACAACACGUCAGUUGUUUCGAGUCGCAGAGCUCCUUGUUGAGCUCGUCGCGUUCAUCUCUACACCCCUCAUCGCCAUAUCCCUCGCUAGAUGCCUGCAAUAUUAAGCAAGAGUUGCACAUCCUGCCACCAUCGCCACCAGAAUCCAACUGUGAAGCACCGUCACCGCAUUCGUCGUGGCCCGAUAUUAAAUCGGAACCUAUCGAUGCUGAUGUGGAGACUUUGAACGAUCUGAAGAUGUUGCUCGAUGAAAAGGAGUUCUCCAACGCAGCUUAUAACGAUUACAACAACAGCAGCAGUGAAUGUCAUUUGAAAUCAUCGGCAGCGAUGCCCGUACAACAGCAACAGCAGCAACAACAACAACAACAACAACAGAAAAGUCAAGACCAUCAAAUGCUACGUGAGUUCUUCGAGGAGAACCACUUUCCCAUGGGUUGUAGCAUGAAUGAAGUUGGUGACAAUAUCGAACAAGUGAUCUCAAUGGCUCUCGAAGAUACGAAGAGCCAGGCCGUGGAGACCUGUGCCAAACUGCAGAUWUCACAAGACCCCUGCAAUUGGUCGGUAUCUCAAGCACACUCUUGGCUACGUUCCACAGUAGCACAGUUCAAAUUGCCAGAAAUUGAAGAUUUGGAGGCGAAAUUCCCGGAAAAUGGUGCGGCACUAAUAUUACUCAGCGAGGAGGAAUUUAAGCGGCGAGUGCCAGAGAGCGGCUCCGACUUGUACGCUCAGCUAGAGGUGUGGCGCUAUCAUUUCAACAACAAUGCGGCAGAAAGUGACGAUGACGAAGAUAUGCUGCCCACCACAAGCGCUCUAGCUGUUGCCGGCACAACAACAACCACAACAGCAAAAGCAACUGACAACAAGCGCACCGGCCGCAGCGGUGGCUCACACAUACACCUGUGGCAGUUYCUCAAGGAACUGCUCGCCGAACCGCACGCGCACGGCACGGCCAUACGUUGGAUCGACCGCAACCGGGGCAUAUUCAAGAUUGAAGAUUCGGUGCGUGUAGCGAAAUUAUGGGGCGGACGCAAAAAUCGACCAGCAAUGAAUUACGACAAAUUAUCGCGUUCCAUACGGCAGUACUAUAAGAAGGGCAUCAUGAAGAAGACCGAGCGCUCACAACGUUUGGUCUAUCAAUUCUGUCAUCCAUAUCAGUUGUAAGCGGGAGAGCAUAAAUUAGAAGAAAUAUGGAAGUGAGGCGGUGCUAAGAAAAGUAAAAAGGCAUUUGGGUAAUAUAAUAUCCAUUUGGUGUGGCAAAAUAAUGGCCUUAAUGACAAAUCAAUAAUUUAUUGCUAUUUAUUUAUUUAUUGCAUAUAUAUACAAAACAUUUAUUUAUUUAUUUAUUUAUUUAAAUUAUAACGAAGACAUAUUUAUUCGUGGAUGCUAAGGAAUUCAUUUAUUUAUUUAUUGAAAUAUUUAUUUACUUAUAAACGAAAGAGAGUGCCUAUAAAAUUACACAAUAUUGUUAUUUUAGAGGCCGCAGCAUUGCUUAAUUAUGCUGUUAAUAAUUCUUAAAUCUCUGAAAUGUCCAGUGACCAAUAAUAACUUACGGCAAUACAGUUAGUAUUGCUGCAUAUGAAAAUUGGCAACGUUGGAACGGUUUUGAAGCAAUUUUGGUAAAACAACAACUUAGUAGCAGAUUUACUUGGCAAUAGUUGAUUUAGAGACUGGACUUUUUAUACAAUUUUUUAUAGCCUAACAAACUUAAAUUCAAACUUAAAAAUGUAUUUUCUAAACUCGAAGUUAAUAAUUUGUCACUUGUUUUAGUAUUUAUGCAGUGAUUCACAAAUUCAGAUUUUACUUAUUUAAGUAUUUAUGCAGUGUUUCACAAGUUCACUUUAUGUUUCAAGUAUAGAGUGUUUCAUAAGUUCAGUUAGUUUCCUAUGUUUUACCAAAACUAGUUGUCAUUAUAGAACCGUUCGAAAAAUAAGCCUUGGUAACACUGGAAAGCCAUAUAUCUAUGAUAUAUCACUUUAAGUUCUAUGAACAAAAGAAUUUAGCUUUAAGUUUUGAAACGAUAACUCAAGUUUUGAUAAAAGGUGCGUCGUAUUUGACAUCUAAGCGCGUUUGCGAUGAAAAUGUGCUUGGCAGAAAAGCGUAGAUAAAGCGAUUUCCAUAUUAGGUUGUACSAAAAACAUAAUCGAAAUGCUACCUUGAAAAUUUUUUACUAAAAAACUUUUAUGCAGCGAUAAAAUAUAUAAAUUCUAUAAACGACAGAAAAGAUUUUCGAUGAACAUCCCGAUUUUCUGCUUGGCUCAUUUAUGCAAAGGAGGUGUUAAAUAAUUAUUAAAAUAUAUGAGUAUAUUUAUAUACAAAGCAAGCUAUUUAUUGAAACCCCUGUUAUGUGAAUGUAGUUUUAAGCGAUUUUCAUUGUAAAUGGAUAUGUUUUUUCGGGUGUGGGUUAUUUAUUGUAGCUAUAGGGUUAAUGCAAUUUCAAAGUGUCGCAGACAAAACAGCAAAUUAUUUAUUUAUAAACAUAUUUAUUGACAUUUUAUAAGAAAAAAAAAUAUUAUUGAUAAUAYUUUUUAUACACAAUUAUUUAUUUAUUUAUUGCUUAUAAUGUGGUGAAAUAUAAUUUUCACAAUGGUGUAUAAAUUACUUAGUUACUUUAAUGAAUUUAUUUAUUUAUUCAUUAAGCAGCAAAACAAUGAACAAAUCAAUGCCACUCGUAGCUCAUUAAGCAUUAUUUAUUUGUUAACUCAAGAAGGCGCUUACUUUGAAGCAAGAAAAUAACAAAAACUACAAUCACAGCUAGCAAAAGUGUUAMGCUAAACCAUUUUCCCCCUAAAGAAAUGCCAUUUCAAAGACAAAUAAUUAAUUUAUUAAAUAAAAAUAUUAUAUUUAUUUAUUUAUUUUAGCAUUAAGUGCGGAAASAGUGUUUUGUAAUAAUUCACCUAGGACAAUGAACGUCAAUUUGUGCCUCUUUAAUUUAUGCGAUAAUCUAAUGUGCUAAUUUAUUUAUUACAUUAUUUAUUUAUUUAUUUAUUGGCGCCGUAGCGCCACAAUGACCAAGAAUGGUCGACUUGGCCAAGUUGUAAGUAGCUUUAAGCGUUUCAGCAAGUACGAAGCAAGCACUAGUUGUUGCAACAUAAUUUGAUGUGAACAGAGUUGCCAAAUAUUUGUGAAACUUGUUUUAUAUAUAACUCAAUGGGMAAUUAAUUGUGUACUCAAACAAACUCAAACAAAAACAUAAAAAGCGUACAACGAAUCGUYGCUUUUUAUUAUAUUUAUACAUAUUUAUUUA